GUGUACAAGGUAAUGCUGAAAAUUAAAGCAGUAGACUUGGAACUGCCUGUGGCCUUAGAUAUCAACGCUUCUGCUAUAUAACAAAGGAAGAUGAAGUUCGUAAACGAAGGAUGGGAAGACGAUCCGAAUUCCAAGAGAGACCUGAAGGAGCCAGCGAAGUUGAAGAAAGAUCCCUACUUCUACAUAGCCUUCUAUAUGGUUUAUUUAUUUUUCUUCCUAGUCUGGGAGGUAGCUACAGCCUUCGGAAGCUUCCUUCGGAGUUUAAUCCUGAGGCCAGAACCGAAGUCACUCAAAGGAAGAGUGUGCUUGGUGACGGGUUCUGGCCGCGGGCUAGGGCGGCAGUUAUGCCUUGCUCUGGCGAAAGAGGGAGCUGUCAUCGCCUGCGCUGACAUAAACGAAGCCAACAACAAAACGACAGUAGCGAUGGUGAAGGAGUUGGGAGCCAAAGCGGUCGCCUACACGACCAACGUAGCUAUCAAAAAAGAUGUAGAAGAACUUGUUUCCAAAAUCGAGAACGAACUGGGACCUAUCUACUUGCUCAUCAACAAUGCAGCUUUGGUAGGAGCGUUCCAUAAAAUUGAUGAAGAAUACACCAGGGCUUCUUUUAACAUCAACGUCUUAGGACCUAUUUGGAUGAUGAACGCAGUUCUGCCAUCCAUGGAAUCAAGAAACGAAGGACAUAUCGUAAAUAUUGCAUCUAUUUCUUCAACAUUUGUGUCUCCCCUUCUAAGCAUUUAUGGUGCAACUAAAACAUCUCUCUCUUAUUUGAGCCGAUGUUUACGCUCGGAUCUGCUUUCAAGAAAUAAAAACAUUAUGGUCACUACAGUUUACCCAACAAUUAUCAAUACUUCUGCAGACUACUUACGAUUUGUCUCUACGAAGAUAAAUACGGUCGUAGAAAUGGAAGAAGUAGUGGAAGCAACGCUGAACGCUAUCCAUUACAACAAUGAUGAAGUGACCGUACCUUCCUCAUUUAAGUAUCCAGCCAUUAUAUUAUCUCGAAUUCUGCCAACAAUAACGACAAACAACAUCAUAAAACUAAACUGUGAAAAAUGGAAUGUACCAAGUGAUGAACAACGGGAAAAAUUACCAUGGCACGAUCUAGCCAAGAAUUGCUCAUUCAUUUAAAACAUAAACGUAUACAAGUACUCUACGAUUAAUGGACAUUAUCUUUUAUGGUUGAUAUGAUCACUUCGAAACCUAGUGUAGAAAUAUGAAAAAGGGAUUUUCGUGUAGAAAAUAUAGGAUUAUUACAUAAAAGUGUAUAAAAAUAGAUUAAUCAAAACAUUGUCUAUCACCUAGCUAUACAUUUUCCCAUUUAUCUGAUAAUUAAUAAACACCAUGCCUGAAAAAAACUACUAAACAAGUGCACCCCCCAUCGAUUCUGGUGUGUGUCCCAAUGCAUAAAUGGGUGUCCCAACUGAACGCCACACUCGUUUUCUUCUCUCCGUUAUGUUUUUUUUGUUGAAUAGCAAGCGAUUACUAAAAAUAAAAUAUUUUAUUUAGUAAUUAUCUAUUGCUUCAGUGUAAACUAGAUUAAAUUUACUAAACAUGUAAUUUACAAGGUAAUAAAUAAAAUAAACAUAAAUACGAGCAUUGUAAGAACCGUCCCAGAAUAAAAAUAUACAGAGCCGUGAUUAAUAAAUCCAUGACUAAAAUUGCAAAAACAUAUCCAAUUGAAAUACAAAAAUCUUU